CUUGCCUCUUGUCUUACAGAAGCUCUUUGAUUCGGAAGCAGUGGCUGAGACUACGUUGCUGUUACCGGCCACUCUUAACCCGAACCUCAGUCUCACUCCAAAUCUUCCAGCUCAAAUUAAAGAUAGGAGGUUUUCCUGGAGGACAUCUUUAUUACAUUUUUCUGCGCCCCAAAUCAUAGAAGUUAGAUUUUCUUUCUUUUUUUAAGACGUCUGACUCUGUGUUGGAUCAGUCUGAAGAUGCAUUUGCUGUCUGGUGAGCGCAAAAUCAACCAGUCCAAGUCCGUCAAAGAAAGCUUGGCACAGACGGGAGUACUUGCGAUGAAGAACCCCGCAAUAGGCUCCACUCGAUAAGAAGUGGAAGAGUGACCAUCAGAAGAAUAACAAUCAGACGAAAGUGGAGGCCAGCAAGCAAACACCAGCGCGUCCUCAAAUGAUGGGGAUAAAGCACCUUCUGCUUCUUUUGAUUUACUUAGACCCGCUGAAUGUCCUGUGCGCCGCCACCACCAACAAAAAGAGCAAAGUCCCGCCGAGGAGGAACCCAAAGGUGAAGGAAGUCAACGGCAGCACCACUUCGGUUCCCGCUGCCAUCCCGGGAAAGAUCACCCAGGUUCAGGCUCCGGUGGUCGGGCAGCACGACACCUGCAUGGGCUACUACGACGUGAGCGGACAGUACGAUAAAGAGUUCGCGUGCAACAACACCGACCACCGCUUCUGCUGCGGCAGCUGCUUCCUGCGCUUCUGCUGCGCGGACCGGGGGAAGCGGCUGGAGCAGAAGAGCUGCACCAACUACAACACCCCGGACUGGAUCAAAACCCAGCCCCCCUCCCCGGCGCCGACUGGUGACACGUACGACCCCGAGCUGGACCAGACCAAUACCACGGUGUACAUCACCUGCGGGGUCAUCGCGCUCAUCAUUGCCAUUGGGAUUUCUGCUAAAGUUGCAUAUGAUAAAGCCACAAAGCCUCCUCAGGAGAUGAAUGUGCACAGAGCUCUGGCGGACAUUCUGAGGCAACAAGGACCGGUUCCUGUAUCUCAGUAUGAACAUGAAAACAUCGCAGCAAUCGAUGGGUCCCCCAAAGACGAGACACCGGUCAGAACCCUGAAGAAUCAUUACACACCUGUUCACACCAAGGCAUCAAACCAUGGUCAUUAUGGGAAAGAAAACCUGCGCAGCGGAGGCCAAGACAUGCACAACUUCAUCUCCUCUGGGUUUGUCACACUCGGACGUGGCCACUUGAAAGCUCAGCAGUCCAUAGAUGAAUCAGGGCAGAUGUCCUGGCAGGGAGAUCUGGACAUCCCAAUGUCCUACGGGAACCACCACCAUGACUACCAGCACAGCCACCUGGAUCUGACUGCACUCACACCUAAACUGGCCCACAGAGAAAUGAGAUACGAGAGACCCCAGCGGAUGAACAACAUCCUGACCUCUGCGACGGAGCCCUACGACCUGUCCCUGUCCCGAUCCUUCCAGAACCUGAGCCAUCUGCCACCGUCCUACGAGCUGGCCCUCAAGCCUGACUUAAGUAAAUACUCUCUCCACAGAUUAAGUGAUAAAGACAUAGAUGACUACUACCCAAGAAAGCAUCAUCAUCCUGACUUUGGUGGCAGGGGACCUACACACAUGGUGAAGCUGAAUGCAGAACCCCAGCAGCACCAGCAGCACCAGCAACGGCAACGUCCCCGUCGGGUCCAGAGGGCUAUGUCCCAGGACCACGUCCUGUCUCCUCCCAGGACACCGCGACGCGGAGAUUACGGCUUAUCGUCAUAUGGUGCCAUGGCAGCCGCGGCGUACGGAAGCAGCCGCAACCUAUCAAAUGAGCAGUUACUUUCAGCGGACCGCCUACACUCCCAGGAUCCCUUGCUGUCUCCAGCAAUGAGGCGCGACAAGUUCAGGGAGAAGGCCAUGGCACGGGCCAUGUCUCACGCAGACAUGUUGCUUCCAACGACGCCUGUUAUGGACCGCCACAAGAUGACCAAGAUGCACUCUCAACCCAGUGCCUCUACUGACUCCUACAACACGCUGAUGGUCAACCAUCACGCAUCCACAUCCAAGAGGCAGGCAUUUGCUUCCCGACGAACACACACGGUGGACCACCUACAGUACAUCCCUGGCCACCACCACACAUACCGCACUGCCAGUAAGAAUGAGGUAACUGUUUAAUGGCACCGUGGAAGGAUUUCUUAGACACACCGCUAACAUCGACAAGUUUCAGCAGAGCAUUUCAGUCUUCUGUUACAACAACUUCCUACAUUAAAACUCCUCCUGCUUUUUAGCACAAGCUUUCUGUGUCAUCCAGAUAUUGGGUAACUAGGAUCGACCCUGGCAAAGACAUUUCUCUAUUAGAGCAUCUUAAGGGCUUUGCGCAUUGGCACAAAGACCUUUAUGUCAGACUUUUGACAACAUGACGUUAAUAUUUUUUAAACUGGACAUGAGACUCGAAGGGUAUUGUAUCAACUUUAUAAAUAUAUAAAUAAACUAUAUUUACUAUUUGUAUUUUCAGUCCUUGUUAUAGCUUUAGAGAUUCUCAUUAACUGAUGUAAGCACUUCAAGUGGUGCCUCUUGAAAAUGUCCCAUUUCAACAAUGAAGUGGAUUUGUGGGUUAAAAAGCACAACUAAUGAAUUCCCAUUCUUUUGGAUUAGGUUUUCUUCUUUGGUGACCGGCCAGAACAUAUCAGCUUGUGCUGUUAGUGAAAACAGGCUAUUUCUGUUGCAUACAAUAGAUGAUUGUAAAUAAGCUAUAUUAGCAGCAUUAACAAGAAAAGCAAGCCCCCCUUUUAUUCUUUUUUUUCUCCCAAGUGGAAUCAAUUAUAGAUUUCCAAUUAAUAUUUUUUUCUUUUGUUUUAGAUAAGGCAGAGUUCCCAAAUUAGUAUUAUUUCCACUGAUGUCUGCAAAUUAUGUGGAUCUAAUAUGUAUGUAAGUUGGGAGUUUUUUCUUUCUUUUCAAACUGUGCUUGUGGCAUAAAAUGAUUGUGUAUGAAACAACCUCUAACCAAUGUUGACUGGCAGCUUCAGGCUGCAUUUAUGAAUUCACUGGCGAGAACAGAGGCUCAUGGUCAUUUGAAUUUGCUUGAUUUCCAUUUAUAGCCUUUCUUUUCUUUUUCUUUUGUGCUUUGUUAUCCAUGAAGUUGACCCUUCUGGUUUUUUGCUGGCCAGCUUCUUUCAUCUUUACAUAUCAGGUACGGCCAGGUUUUAGGCUAGUUCUGGUAUGAUGCUAACUGAAUAAAUUAGUAUUAAAGAAGACAACAUAAUCACAUGUCAAUCAAGCAUCAAUUAAACUGUGAAAUGUUUGUCCUCAUGUUUUCAUCAAAUCAAUGCCUUAUGAAUAGAAUUUCAUAUGCUCUUAAAGGAACAAUCAUGCUUUUGUCAUAUGUCUUAUUUUAACUUUUGUGCAGUAUUAUGGAUUAUAGUUUAUGAGCAGAACCAGCAGUAAAAAUCUGUAAAGUGAAGGAUGAUACAGUGCAUAUACCUCAAAAGGUUUAAAAUGGUUUAAAAAGGAGUCUCAAACUUUAAAAGCAAAACAAUCAUUAGGUAUUUAACCUUUCUUACUUUUAGGGUGUGUUUACACCUUUAGUUCCCUUGUCCUGAUCAAAGCAGAAAUUACUCUUGCUCCACUUUGCCGUUUUGGUUCGUUUUGGUGUUUUUCUUUUAUUGAACCAACAUUUGCCUGAUAAAAUAGCUGCUGAAACAGUCACAGCCUCAUUAAACGGCUUCUUUGAUGUAUGCUGUGUAAACUAAGGCUUCAUCCAGACAGAGAUGGAAUCAGUUUCAUUUAAAAAUUGUUUUCUGAAAAAGACGGAGUUGUCUUAAGAAAUCUGUGCAUCCGUUGUAUGGGGUGCUGUAAUUCUGCCACAGAAAUGCACCAAAUGCAGAAAAAAGGACAGAGCAUGCACAUUAAUUACACAUAUUUGGCCAUGUCCACCUAUUGCUACUGGUGGCUGUAGAGAAGCAGAAGAUUUUACUACAAAAGCCAUGUCAUGUUCUGUAGCUUCUGCACUUUAAUCCACCAUUGCUGAAGCUGUUGGCGGGGUUUACACAUACAGGUUAAGAGAGGGGUAGGGCUAUGGUGUCAUCACUUCAGGAAAGAUGCAUAUGGGUUGUAAACAUGAAAACGAAACAGUGGCGUUUUCAGAUGUACUCACUUUGGAACUUGGUUUAAAAAAUGACCAUUUUCAGACUCUUAAAACAUUGAUUCUAUGUGGACAAAAACUAAGCAGAUAUACCCAAACUUAUCUCUGUGUGGCCAAACUUCCAAAAGUAUCCUGCAUUUUGGGAUAAAUCUAGGCCUUAGAUUCGAGUAAGUAAUACACUGUGGUAUUAUUGUCUUGACUCUUGUCUUAUCUCUUGCUCUGUCCCUUUCUUUUUCCUUUCCUCUCUUCCUGCGAUAUUGUCUUCUUAUAUUUCUUGUCACGGUGUGCGUUCAAAAUGGCCAGUUUGUUUACAUCUGUAUGCUAGCAUGUGACGUGCUGCGUAAAGGAAAACUCUGUUGCAAAGUCAUGUGGCGUUUAAAUUUUAAGGGUUGGAAAGUUAUGUAAUGUGUUUUUAAAAAUACCAUACAUUACAAAUGAAAAGACAUGUUCAUAUCCUGGGAAAAAUUUGUUUAGGCCUCUACAGCUGAUUUAACAUGCCAUCACUUCUGUGCAUCACGUGAAACUUGUAGGAACUCAGCUACAAUUUAAAGAUUUUAAACAAAGCAAAGGAACAAAGAAAAAGUGAAAGACAACAAACCUAUUUCAAUGCGUUAUCAUCCUGAAGAUGUUGCAUACAGUAACCCUGUCGAAGGCCAUGGCAUCUUUGAGAUAUGCGCAAGCUGAAUUUUAG